CGGUCCACCCGUCAUUCCACAACAACAUUUUCCGUGUUGUUUGGAAAACUCCUGAGGGGGCGAAACAAUACACGCGGACACGGAAGAAGAACCAAUCGGUGACACCGGCAGCGGUGUAAGCAGAAAGUAAAUUGGGUGUAAACGCAACGAAAAACAUACGCGGCGGGCCUGUGCGAGGGGUUGCUGUUUGCGCAUACAUUCCCUGCCCUGUCCCGUACCACACGACACCCACGUUCUUGCCGGGUGGCACAGUAGGCGACGGCGUGUGUGAGUGUGUGUUUUUUGGUGUGCCGUGGCAAAAACAACAAGGAGUCGGCAACUCCUUGCGCGGUUUUCGCGGCCCGCAAGGGAUGGAGUAAAGCUAGUUAAUUAAACGUGAUUUGUCAAAAGUGCUGGUGAGCACGAAAACAAAACAAAGGAAAAAAGGUGCAUUUUCCAAACCGAGUGCUGUGCCAAACGGGAGUGUCUCCGUGUGUCUGUGUGUGCGUUUGUGUUAUCCACGUUUUCCACCCGGAGGGAGACAAAGGGCAAAAAAGUGCAAACAAUCUCCGUGUUACGCACUGCACGCCCGUGUGUGUGUGUGUGUGUGGUGACGGAGCAGAGUAUCCCUGCAGCAUCCUGACGGCAACGAUACGAGCGGUGCAAUAGACACCGGAGGAGGUGGAGAUACGGCCAACGACACGGACGCGGAAAAGGAAAUGCUCCUGUCGACGGCCGAAUCGUCGGCCUACUCGGCACAGGAGGUAGCGGCCCGGCUCCGGGUGGACGUUCGCACGGGCCUGCGAUGGUCGGAAGCCAACAGUCGCUCCAAGAUCGUCGGCUACAACGAGCUCAACGCACUGGACGACGAGCCACCCUGGAUGAAGUAUGUGCAGCAGUUUAAAAAUCCACUGAUCCUGCUGCUGCUGGGUUCCGCCCUCGUGAGUGCCUGUAUGCGACAGUUUGAUGAUGCAAUCAGUAUUACCAUUGCGAUCAUUAUCGUCGUCACGGUUGCGUUCAUCCAAGAGUAUCGUUCGGAGAAAAGUUUGGAGGAGCUUAAGAAGCUUGUCCCGCCGGAAUGUCACUGCUUACGGGAAGGUCGGCUGGAAACGUUUCUGGCAAGAAAUCUCGUACCGGGCGAUAUCGUGUACCUCAACGUAGGCGAUCGCGUCCCGGCCGACAUACGCAUCUUCGAAGCGUUCGAUCUGUCGAUCGACGAGUCAAGCUUUACGGGCGAAACGGAACCGGCACGCAAAAGCGUCGAGGUGGUACUGAACGCCAACAACACCAAGAACCAUGCCAGUAUGAAAAACAUUGCCUUCAUGGGCACGCUAGUUAGAUGUGGUAAUGGAAAGGGUAUCGUAGUUAGCACGGCCGAAAACAGCGAGUUCGGCGAGGUCUUUAAAAUGAUGCAGGCCGAGGAAGCGCCAAAAACGCCGAUGCAAAAAUCGAUGGACAUUCUCGGCGCGCAGCUGAGCUUCUACUCGUUCUGCAUCAUCGGCGCCAUCAUGCUGCUCGGCUGGAUACAGGCCAAACCGCUGGUGGAAAUGUUCACCAUCAGCGUCAGCUUGGCCGUGGCCGCCAUUCCGGAAGGUCUACCGAUCGUUGUAACCGUAACGCUCGCUCUCGGCGUCAUGCGUAUGGCUAAACGGCACUGCAUCGUUAAAAAGCUGCCAACGGUCGAGACGCUCGGCUGCGUCACCGUCAUUUGCUCGGACAAAACCGGUACGAUCACGAAGAACGAGAUGACGGUCACCGUCAUCAUCACGUCCGACGGCUACAUGGCGGACGUAACCGGCGCCGGCUACAACGAUAAUGGGGAAAUUCACAUCCGCGACUGCAACAGCAUGGACAAUGCGAAGGCCAGCAUCAACCAGCUGCUCGAGGCGGGCGUCGUGUGCAACAAUGCGAUCAUCCAGAACGACACACUGCUCGGCCAGCCGACCGAAGGGGCGCUGCUGGCGGCGGCAAUGAAGAACGGCCAGUACUCGGCCGCGGACAACUAUCUGCGCAUCCAGGAGUACCCGUUCAGCUCGGAGCAGAAGAUGAUGGCGGUGAAGGCGGUGCCAAAGUACGCCAACACGAAGGAGGAGCUGUUCUUCGUGAAGGGCGCGAUCGAGAUGGUUUUGCCCCAGUGCACCAAGUUCUGGUACGGCGGGCAAGCGAUCGCACUGAGCAAACAGAACGAGGCAGAAUUCCUGCAGGAAGCGUACGAGAUCGGGCGGAAAGGGCUGCGUGUGCUGGCGAUUGCGCGGGGCACCUCGCUGCAGGAUCUGGUCUAUCUCGGGCUGGUGGGAAUAACCGAUCCGCCGAGACCGCUCGUGCGCGAAUCGAUCGAAAUGCUGCGCUCGAGCGGUGUGCUGGUGAAGAUGGUCACGGGAGACUCUCAAGAAACGGCCAUGGCAAUCGCUUCUAAAAUUGGACUAGACAUUGUGCACAUGCAGGCCAUGUCCGGGCAUGAUAUUGAUCAGAUGAACGAAAUGCAGCUGGAAAAGAUAAUCAACACGGUGAGCGUGUUUUAUCGCGUCACACCCAAGCACAAGCUCGCGAUCGUGAAGGCGCUGCAGCAGAACGGCCACAUCGUCGGUAUGACGGGCGAUGGUGUGAACGACGGUGUGGCGCUCAAGCGUGCCGACAUUGGCAUUGCCAUGGGCAAGAACGGUACCGACGUGUGCAAGGAAGCUGCCGACAUGAUCCUGGUCGAUGACGAUUUCCAUACGAUCAUUGCUGCCAUUGAGGAAGGCAAAGGUAUUUUCUGGAACAUUCGCAACUUUGUCCGGUUCCAGCUGUCCACGUCGAUUGCAGCACUGUCGCUGAUUGCACUGUCCACGCUGAUGGGCAUCUCGAACCCGCUCAAUGCGAUGCAAAUCCUGUGGAUCAACAUCAUCAUGGACGGACCGCCGGCCCAGUCGCUCGGCGUCGAGCCGGUCGACCAGGACGUGCUGAAGCAGAAACCGCGGAACGUGAAACAGCCCAUGAUUUCGAAAUCGCUCAUCAUCAAUGUGCUGCUGUCGGCGGGCAUCAUCAUCCUCGGUACGCUGUGGGUGUUCCAGCGCGAGAUGGCGGACGGGACGGGCGUGACGAGCCGCGAUACGACCAUGACCUUUACCUGCUUUGUGCUGUUCGACAUGUGGAAUGCGCUGAGCUGUCGAUCGCAGACAAAGAGUGUAUUUCAAAUUGGCCUGUUUACGAACCGGAUGUUCCUGCUGGCGGUCGGCUUUUCACUCCUCGGCCAGCUGCUCGUCAUCUAUUUCCCGCCGCUGCAGAUGGUUUUCCAAACGGAAGCGCUCUCAGCGAUGGAUCUCCUCUUUCUCGUCUCGCUCACCUCGAGUGUGUUCAUCGUGUCCGAGCUGAAGAAGUGGUUCGAGCGCACCAUGGAGCGACGAAUGUACCGCAAGCGCACCGAGCUUGACUUUGUAUGACAAACAGCUCCCAAAGAUGCUGGAAGAUUGCACAAGGACUAAAUCCGGUUCCGCAUGGAAAGUGCGCGGACCGAAACGGAAAGAGUAAAACUGUAUAACCGACCGAGCGAAGAGCGAGGCCAGAAAGUGGCGGAACACGCGUGAGAGGAACGUUCCGUAUGCAAAGUAAAACAAACAAACAAACUUUCUUCUUCUUCUUCUUCUCUUUUUGAGGUUAUACCCCGGUUCGGUACACGGAGUCCAGCUUCCUGGGCCCUCCGCCACUAGUCCGUGGUUGCGUUUUACUGCGAACCUCUUUAGUUUAGGACCAGCUACUAAGGCUAUAUGUCCUGCUUUUCUUAUUUUCCUUUUUCUCGUUUGAUUUGUUCUAUCGAUUUGUUAUUUUUGUCUGUGUUCCUUUUUGUGAAUCUUGUGUUGUUAUUCUGACUGUUGGUCUGUUUAUGAGUUAGGAUAGGAUUCUAAGGUAGAUCAUAUUUGAUUAUUUGAAAAAAGCGUUGUUUUAGAACGAUAUCUUAUUGUCUUUGAUGAAUUCUGUGACUAUUUUCAAAAUUUUGAUAUUUUUUGUUUUCCAUGCCUUUAUGAAGUUUUCUUCAUUGAGUUUUUCUUGUCUGUUUCUCUCGAUCUUAUAUUUCUGGCAGUAAAACACUCUAUGUGAUCCUGUAUCCUGUUUAUUGCAAAUCGAACAUGUUCCAUGGUCGACUAACUUCAUUUUCUGGAGCCAGUAAUUUCCAUAAUCAUGACCAGCGAUUAGCCUAUUGAUGAUUUUUAUUUCUUUUGGGGGGAGUUUCAGGUUAUGGUGCCACAUUUUUUUGGGAAUGGAUUUCUGAUAUAUUGCGAAUUUCUUUCCUUUAGUAAGGCAUGUCUGGGAAUACCAAGUGUUGGCUUUCGUCCUAGCUCUAUUAGUGAAGAGGGUUAUGGCAUCCGUUAACCUUAGUUUGUUCUGUAUCGUUUGAGUUGUGGUACCCAUUCUUGCUAGCAUAUCUGCAAUUUCAUUCCCCGGGAUACCCACGUGGCUGGGGAUCCAUUGAAUAUGGCACUGUGUCCUUUCACAAUUGUGCAAGAUUUUGCUGAGUAGUUCAUCGAUAUGCAUUUCUUGCUGCGCUGCCAGUAGUAUGUAGCAUGCUGCUAGACUGUCUGUAUAUAAGGUACAAUUUAUUAUGUUUUCUUUGCUGGCGGUUUCUAAAGCAAGGUCAAUGGCAUAUAGUUCAGUUGUGCAAAUGGAAGUCGGGUGUUGAAGUCCUUCUGAUAAUUUAAUUUCUUUGUUGGUCAUCGGUAUGUAAACUCCGAUACCACAUUUAUCCUCUAUUCUGCUUCCAUCUGUGUAUAUUUUUACUCCUGAUUGGCUGUUUAUGGUCUCUAGGCUUUUUUGUCUUAGCACAGUUAUGUUGUAGUUGUGUUUGCUGUUGUCUAUAUCAGGGAUGGAGGUGUUGAUAUUGGUGAGGAAGUGACUAUUUUUGGAGUGGUUGAAUUCAUGUCGGGUUAUGUUAUCGUAUAUGCUUUUGUUGGCUAUGUAUGUUUGUUCUUGAGCUGAUAAUUUACGAAGGGGUGUGUUUCUAUGGAUGUUGAGUGCUUGAGGAUUAAAUAGUGAAUGGGCUAUUGCUUUAGCGAGUUGUUUUUCUACCAGUAGUGAGCUUCUUAUACUGAAUGGUAUUUCUGCUGAAAUUGCGAGUAGUGUGUUGAUGGGUGUGGUUUUAGUGCAGCCAGUUAUUUUACGUAAGGUUUGGUUUAUUAUGGGAUUUAUGGAAUUUAACACGUUCUUGUUAGCAUUUUUGCUGAGAGAGAUGCCGUACUCUAAAGUGCCUCUCACUAGAGAUUGGUGGAGUUGGAUGGUUUUGCCAGGGUUUAUAUUGUUUUUAUUGUUGCAUAUUAUUUGAAUGAAAUUCAUUUUCUUUUUUGCUUUCGUUAUUUGAUGUUUUAUGUGGGAGUGGAAUUUCAAUUUGUCAUCUAUUUCUAUUCCCAGAAAGCGAUGUGAUUUGACCCUCGCGAUCGGAACUCCGUUCAUUUUCAUUUUAAUAUAGUUGUUAUCUUUCGUGAACGUCAUUAUUUUUGUUUUUUCUAUGUUUAUAUCCAGUUUUAGUGCUGCUAGCAUGUUUGCUAGUUGGUUCAGGGACCGUUGCAGUUUUGUUUUUAGUUGUUGUAGGGUAAUUCCGUUUUCUAUUAAAGCAAAGUCGUCUGCAUACUGGAUUAGUUUGAUUUUAUUUGUAUUUAAGGCAUGGCAGUUACUGGUGUACAGGUUAAAUAAUAACGGAGAUAACACAUCACCUUGUGGGAGACCGUUAGAUACCCUUCUUCUAAUUAUUUGGCCAUCUGAAGCUAUUUCAACCCAUCGGUUGGUCAAGAAGUUUAUUACCCAUCUGAUAUCUUCGGGAGAUAUCAUAUUUCUUAUCAUAGUUUCAGCUAAAAUGUUCACAUCUACACUGUUAUACGCAUUUUUUACGUCAAUAAAAAUUACAGCAGUGUGUUUGUUAUUUCGGUUAUUUUUUUUUAAAUUAUUCGUCAGAAAAUCGACGGCUGAUGUUGUUGCUCGAUUUUUCCGGAAGCCAAACGAUGUUGAAGGUAGGAGUUGGUAUUUUUCAGUAAUCAGUUGAAUAUUUUCUAGUAUAGCUGUAUUUGUAAUCUUUGUUAUAGUUGGUAACAAGGCAAUUGGUCUGUAGUUUGCGACAUUGUUAGCAUCUUUUCCAGGCUUGUUGAUGGCAACAAUCUUAAUUCUUCUUAGCUUUUUAUCCACUUUUCCCGUUUUGUACAUUGUGUUAAUUUCUUUUAUUAUUGCAUGUGUGUUAUCUCUGUUCAGCAGCUUUAGGAUGUUGUAACUUAUUUUGUCUACCCCAGGGGAAGAGUUCCGUUUAGAUCUUAUGAUUCUAUCCCAUUUCUGCUCGUCUAAAAUAUUUACAUCACUUAUAAAUCGAGGGGAAGGGGGUCUUAUUUUAUUGUUAUUACUAUUGAAGUUUAUUUUUAAAAAUUCUUUGGCUUUUUCGGUGUCUUUGGCAAUUAUGUUUGAUUUUGGUGGCUUUCCCUGAAUGGUCCCCAUUAGCCUCCAGAGUUUUUCAGAUGAUGUUUGAGAGUCCACCUCUUUUAUUUUUUUUUCGAUGCUGCUUGCUUUACCUCUUUUCAUUAGGAAUCGAAAUUUUGCCAGCUUUCUCUUAUAUUCUAUGUGAUUAUCUAUAGUUUGAUUGUUAUUGUAAAGUUUCCUAGCUUCAUUUUUAUUGGUCCAUGCCUCCCGAACCUCGUCUGUCCACCAUGAUUUGGGGAUGAACGUGGAUUUGGACAUGUUGUUCUUGAUAAUUUUGUUGAUGUCAGUAGUUAUAGUGUCGAUGCUGGUGUUUUGUUUAAAUGGUAAAACUCUUACUAGACUAUCUAUUUUUUUGUUAUUAUAAAUUACUCUUUGGUUUGGGGGAGAUGGAGUCUCAUCUAGCGAGGAUAUUAUUACCCGAUGACCACUGUUACCUACAUGCAUGUCGGUAACCUUUCUCUGUGUAACCGUUGAAAGCUGUCUCGAUGUUAUUGUGAGGUCAAUGGCCGAAUUUCGUUUAUUGGGGUCCGGGUUAAUGAAGGUGUAUUCCUUAUUAUGUAUAAUUUUCAUGUUAGAUUUUAUGAUUGUGUCUAGAAGUGACUUUCCUUUGCCAUUUGAGUAAUGAUUUCCCCAUUCUGUGCUGUGUGCAUUAAAGUCGCCUACUGUAAUUGUUCGGUUGCUUUUUUUUAGUCUAGAAAAAAUUCUAUUACAUAGCGAAUUGAACUGCUGAGCAGGUGUAUUCGGUUUCACGUAUAUCGAAGCGAUGAUUAAACCCGAACGUUUGAUUUUUAUUGCCGCAACUUGUAUGUAUGGGUUAGGAGCGAUGAUGUCAAUUUGUUCGUAGUUGAGUGUGUUGCGAAUAAGCACUAGGCUUCCACCAUACCCGUCCUCUCUGUUUUGAGCAAUGGCGUGAAAUUGAGGUAUCUUUAUUGAGUUGUAUGUGUUGGUGUUCAACCACGUUUCUUGUAGGCAUGCUACAUCUAUUUUUUCUUUGAGGAGUAAUUCUCUUAUCUCGUCUUUAUUAUUCUUCCAUCCUUGUAUAUUGGCUUGUAAUAUAUUGAAAGCCUUUCAUUAUAUUGGUAGAUGUAGAGGAUUUGAAUUUUUUAUUUUUAUUUGGUACAUGAAUCUUUUCUAGUUGAAAAUUUCGAAUUUUUCGUUGUCUGAAUUUGGUUCGUGCAUGUAUGUGUCUGUUAUUUUGGAGUCAGUUGUUUUUGUGCAUUUGUUGGUUGUAGGAGUAUUGUUAAUCUCUUGAACGUAAAUGGAGUCCUUUGACCCGAUAGAGGUAUCGGAUAGGGCAUCCAGAUCGUAAAUGAUUUCUGUAUCUUUCGUGAUAUUUGUAUUUAUAUUGUUCUGUGGAGUGGUGAGGGUGUUAUUGAUGUGUACUUUUUCUGUUGGUAGGUUAUUUAUUUCUGUGUUUGUGUUUUGGUUGUUUUCUGUAGUAUUGGUAUCGCUGUUUCUGCUAGUGGAUGGUUUUGGUGAUGGAGCAUUUGUCUUUGCUUUGGUCUUCUGAGCGUAUGAGUGUUCGGUUGUGUAAUUUUUUGGGAUGGUAGGGCAUUGACGUCUCCGUAUGCGUUUGGCUUCUCCAUACGUAAUUCUGUUCUCUGUCUUUAUUUUAUUUAUUUCUACUUCGUCCAAGAAAACAGGACAGUUUUUGUCCAGCGUGUUGUGGUCCUCCCCGCAUGACACGCAUUUUGUUUCUUUGCAAGAGGUUUCGUGUACCGGUAAACUGCAGUUAGCACAUGUUUUCUCAUUCUUGCACCAUUUUUUUGUGUGUCCUAAUUUCAUGCAAGUAAUGCACCUCAUUGGCCGAGGGAUGUACAGUUCAACCUUUACUGGGUACAGUCCAAAGUCGACCAUGCGAGGUAUUUUGCCUGAGUUGAAUGUGAUGAUUGCCGUACGUGUGUUUUUCAAUUCGUUAUCAACUUUCCUUUUGAGGAUAUUGACCUCUACGACACGUUGUUCGCUCAGUCCCUCCAUGAUUUCAGCCUCCGUCAUGAAUUCUAUGUCAGGGCAUCGGAUUACUCCUUUGCUUGUAUUGAGGGUUGGAUGUUCUUUUGUUAGCACAUUUACCUCGCCUCGACCGUCCGUUAGUUUUUUUAGAUCUUUUAGUUUGUUUGCCUGUUUCUUGUUGGCUACUUUAAUUAGUAACUUUCCCUCUCUCAGCCGAGAUACUUUAAGGGCUUUAGUGCCAAUUGCAUUUUCUAUUUUCUUUGAUACCAAAAAUGGGUUCACUUUGUUCAAAUCUCUGUUUGAAUUAAUUGCUUCCAUUACUAAAAAGACCUCUUCUUCCGAAGACUCGUUCCCAAUAGCUAGUCUUUUAAUAUUUUUUCCCAUUUUUCUUUUGGGCUCAAUUUGCCCCUCCAAAAGCUCAUAAUAAUUCCCGAGGGGAAUGCCCCCUCCCGGGUCCUGGACCCCCAUGUCUCCUACCUUGUGACCACCUCUUGUGGUUUUUGUCGCUUUUCCCUUAUGUGAUUUUUUUUUUUUUUUUUUUUAUAACAGCUCCAAACCUGAGGUGAACAACACUUUUUUUUUUUUGCUUUCGCACACUUGUUUUAACCGUCACUUUAAUUUGAACCCGUCUAUACUCUUCAGCUGCCAACUGUCGAAUGACAAACAAACUUGACGGAAAUUUCGGUUGCGAUUGCGGCGGCUGCUACUACCAACUUCAACAACAACAACAACACCACCGAAGAUAGUAACCAACGACGACAACAACAGCAGGAAACAAAACAAACAAACAAACAAACAAACAAAUGCUACACAAAACACAAAACGGAGAACGACGACGCAUGACGAUCGACGACAAAUUUCUUAAGGCUAUAUAAAUACAGUGAAGAAGGAACAGCGGAAUAUUUUAACAGUUGCUUUCAAAGAACGCUUUCGGAACAGAACAAACCAACAACACACAAACCACUAUUCCAAUUCGAGCAAGUGCUACUGCUGGGCCUCCCUUUAGAAAAAUUAACCACCUAGAAAUGGAACGGCAAAGAGUCUCAAUAUUUCAUUCAAACUGUAAAAGGAAGGAUAUUAUAAAUAGUGCUCAACAGGGAUCGAAUUGAGGAUCGUGAAGCAGAUGAUAAGAAACAAGCACUAACUAUUACAUUCGAUUAUGAGCCAGUUCAGAUUUGAAGCUGAAUGAAGCGAUCACACUUACACACUUAAAAAAAACGAUGGGAACAAAGUGGAACACAGAGAUGGCUUACAGGAUGGACACUUGGAGAGAGAAAAACAGACAAAUUAGACGCAUGCGUGGAAGGUGGAGAAUAGAUGAUCCCCUUCCGCAAGAACGAUUUCAGAACAAACAAACAAAUAGGCAUACCGAAAAGGGACAAGUUACAUGGUGGUCGGAUGUUUUAUUUUAUAUUUUAAGCAAAACAUUCGCUUACUUCCUUUCUGUGUCGUGUAUUCCAGGGAGUAUACGGAUCAGUUGUUUCUACUGGUUCUAAAAAGCGGUAUUUGCAGAUGGAGAUAGGGAAAACACCAUUACGUGCAUGCUCAAAUCUGGACUCAAAACAAUCUCGCUGUAUAUUUAUAUAUAGUCUACUACUAUGUUGUGCCUUUCUGUUACUACUAUUUAGCUUAACCUUCUUCUAGGGAAUCGUUUUCUUCUUUGUUUUUUGUUUGCUUCUAUUUUUCCAAUUUUACCACUCCAAACACUCUACCCUUGCGGUGGGAAAUGCAAUUUUUCUCUUCAUCUUAGUGUAAAAGCUUUUACUGUUUUUGUUUUAAUGGCACGGCAAGGACAAGUAAGGAUAGAAACGGAGCAUACAGGCGCGUCAUAUAACUAUCUUUCGUCUAAGUAUUACUAAGAAAGGGACAGAGCGAGAGAAGAGAGGCCUAGGUACGGUACAGUGUUUAGUAGCUAAGUAUUUAAAAUGGUUCAGUUUUGUAAAAGUCAAUAAGGUAGGGAAAACGAAGAAAGUGCGACAAACAGGACAGCUAAACACAGAGAGACGUUGAUUCGGAGCGUCUGAGCGGCUGUGCAUUCAGUGACUUUAAAAAAGAAAGAGAGAAAGCGUACUAUAAAACAUUUAAGUCGUUAAUAUGUUUUUUUUUCUUUAUACUUUUUUAUAUCACGUUUAGUUUUAUUAUACAUUGUAAUUUUUAUUUAUGUUUUAUUAUUUUUGUAUGCUUUUUUUUUCUUUUUCAUGCUUUUGUUAAACGAGUUUAUGCUCCCAACUGUAUGGCAAAGAGCGCAGAAGAAGUGGAAUUUAUAUGGAAUAGCUGGAAUCAAUCAAGAUGCACGAAUGAACAUUAAUGACAAUAUAUGAUGUAGCUGCGGAACUGCGAUCAUAAAUGCCAUACCUAGAGCAGGCAGGAAUUUGCUUUCCCUCAUCCACUAUCAACACUUUUCACCACCUGGCCCGGUGCUUUGGUAUGUAAUAGUUUAAGUAAUCUUGUGAUAUAACGGCUAACCUUAACGCGCGUAGUCCUUCUGGCUUCUACGUCGGGUAUGGGCGCGGGAGUGUCUGUCCGUACCAUCAACCACCAUACCAUUAGCUGUCGUCGUAUGAAUAACAAACGCUUAUAUCUUUUGUGUAACCUAUACUCUGUGUGUAUGUGACAAUCGGCGUGCAUGAAUGGGACACCCGGGCGCCGGCAGUAUCCGGUGAGGCUCGCUCUCAAAACCGUCUCUCGGUUCGGGGUCAUAUUUUGCUUCGCCGCUCGCCGCUUUUUCCACUCCAACCGCUUGAUGAAUGACCCGGAACGCUUAAGAAUGUGAAGAGGAGAAAGUGUAAGAGUGCGAGAUCGCGCUCCCGAUACCAAAUAUGUUAAAAGCCUUUAAAACGGUGAUAUUUAUGUUAGUUUCAAUUUAAUGAAUAUUCUUUUACCACGCCUAGAUUAUCCAAAGUGUCCCCCGAUGUAACGUUUACAAUAUUGAAAGCGAAUAAGAAGCUGAGUUCCCUCUAAAACACAAAACAGUACAGUACACAACACAAUCACUAAAGAGAAAUUAAAAGAAACACACUACACAUAUACACUACAGAAGAAAACAACAAAACAUUUGAAGUUGAUCGGAAUCGGUAGUCUUCUAACAGGAAAAAGGGAAGGAUGUAAUAAAAAAAACGUAAAACACGAUUGUCAAAGCAGAAUCAGAACAACCAACAGCAGACAAAUCAACAAGAAUCGAAUGCAAAAGUGUGAAGGAAAAAAUACAAGUAAAAAGGGGGUGUAGAGCCAACACCAACCAGCCAACCAGAGAAAACCUCGAUCGCGCACAACAACAACAACAAGAACAACAGCAGCAGUUAAAACAGUGAACAGUCUUUUUGUGAACAGUGCAAUAUCUUCUAGCAUGAAAGGGGAGCAUGACAUAUGUGUGUGGAAGGUGAACAAAAAAUAUGAAGAAGAAAAGAAGAAGGAGAUGAAGAAGAAGAAACAAAGAAACAAAAUAAGGAAAACCAACCAAAACGGCAAACAGCACAAUAAAAUAUGCGUGUUAAUCACAAGCAAUGAUCACGAUCACCCUCAAAAGAAGAGUAUAGCACAACAAACACCCUGGCACCAUCAUCACCAUCACCACCACCAUCACCACCAAAACCCAUCACGAAGCACCGACAGGGAACGUGUUUCGCACUCAUUAAAUCACGCACCGUUUUGGAAAUCAGGCUCCCGUUUGGGGUUCCAAACAGGCGAGAGCCCUACAAUAGGGACGGAGCCAGGUAUAGGUUUGCUUUUAGGGUUCGCUUUUAGGGACGCCUUCAUCAUUCGCGUGCAAACGACUGCCGCCGUCUGGCGCGCCAGCAGCACCUUCACCCCAACACAGAGAAUGCUUGCAGCCAAGGGCAAAGGUUUAUGAGGAAGACACGUUUGUUCAAUGGUUGUUCCAAGGGCAAUCAGGGAAGUGCAUCCGAGAUCCUAUUUGCCGUAGAUAUAUGUGUAUGUGUGUCAUAUAAACACCAACAGAGCACAUCAUCAUCAUCAUCAUCAUCAUUGCCAUCGUCAUGGUGUAACCGAUCUUCAUCCAUCACCCGCACAUUCGCUAGAAGCACGAUCGAUUUCAAUUGGCUUGCAAAGAUCAAGAUCCCAUCGUGAUUCUUAUUAGAUUCACGAGAUCUUACUAGAUAGGUUUGCUUUGAAGCAGCCACGCGUGCUCACACUUCACCACACCUACAAUAUCACGCUCAUAACUCACAUAUCAUACACAACACGCGGUACCAACAAGAGAAAACUAAGCACAAAACACGCACACAAAUUUUGUCACGAUGUAAGCCAUAUUUUCACCCUAAAGUUAGAUUAGUUUCACUGAGUGUAGGUAUGUAUGGACUAGCCCCAUUAAUUUGAACCAAAACGGAGCAGAGCGAUGCUUUAUUUCGUUUCUCCAUCAUUCAUACACACA